AUGACUCCGGAAACCGAAUCUACAAUCCCUCUAGGGCCAAAGAAUGAUCUCGAAAAAGCGACACAACCUGCCACACAUAGUUGGUCUCCUAAUAAAGCCUGGAUGGCAGCCCGCAGCUGGUCACGCACAAUCAGAGCUGAGGAAUUUGGCGUUGAACGCGUUCCUGAGGACAUGCGAACAAACCAAUCACCUCGAGAUUUGUUCACAAUAUUCUUUGCUGCGAAUUGCAACAUGUCCACAUUGGCAACUGGAUUUCUGGGUCCCACAGCAUUUGGGCUUGGCUGGUGGGACUCGUUUUUUGCUAUCAUCUUCUUCAACGUGAUUGGAGCUGCCAUUCCUGCACUCACAGUGCGCUUUGGUCCAAAGCUCGGGCUGCGCACUAUGCUUGUUCCCAGGUAUUGUUUUGGCUGGUGGCCGGCAAAAAUCCUUGCAGUAUUCAACCUGGUUGACGCGCUUGGCUGGGCCGUCGUGAAUACACUCUCCGGCGCUGCAGUGCUACACGAUGCCGGGGAUGGAAAUCUACCAAUGACAGUGUCAAUCCUUAUCAUUGGCCUAGUAGCCAUCAUUCUCGGCUUCUUUGGGUAUCGAGUGCUCCAUAUUUACUCGAGAUAUUGCUGGAUCGUGACAAUCAUUUGCCUGAUCAUCACUGCGGGAUUCGGAGCUCAUCAUUUCAUCAAUGUGCCUAUGGGCCACGGAUCCACAGAGUGCUCAAAAAUCCUCUCAUUUAGCACCGCAAUCAUUGGAUUUGAAGUCGCUUGGGCUACGAUAGCAGCUGACUACAGUGUCUACAUACGUGAGACUAUCAGCAAUAAUGUAAUGUUUUUAUGGACCUAUGCUGGCCUUUUGACCAGUCAAAUAUCAAUUGAACUAUUGGGCGCCGCAAUUGGAUCACUUUGUGUGAGCCCCGAUCCACGGUUUAAAGCUUCAUAUGACAGUCGUGGGAUUGGUGGGCUAGUCGGCUCCGUUUUCGAAGACAUACAUCCUGGCGUUCGUGGUUUAGGAUACUUGGUCGAGGCUCUCCUAGGGUUGUCGGCAGCUGCUGUCAUAACAACAAAUGUCUACUCCUUGGGCCUGGCUAUGCAAAUGGUCUCAAAAAGGCUUCUUAUUGUGCCUCGUCUUGUUUGGUCAUUGAUCGGCAGCAUUUCCUAUCUGGCGAUCGCUAUAGCCGCCAGGGAAUAUUUGGAGGCUGUGUUACAGAACUUCCUGCUUAUAUGUGCUUAUUGGACUGUCCCCUUUUGUGCUGUUCUUCUUGCUGAGCAUUUCGUCUGGAGGAGUGGCUACCAAUACGACGUCGCUGUAUGGAACGACAAGAAGAUGCUUCCGUAUGGAAUAGCUGCGUCCGUUACUUGGGUCGCUUCAACUGUUCUGGCGGUUAUUUCUAUGAGUCAACCAUGGUGGAUUGGUCCCAUUGCCGCUGGAAUAGGUGGUUCGGCCGACGGUACUGAUAUUAGCUGGAUUUUGGCUGCGGUGAUGUCUGUAGUACUUUAUAUUCCGCUAAGAGCAUGGGAACGGAAAGUGUGGCAUAUAUAA